UGUCCAGGACCUUACGUGUUGGAACACAAACCCACUCUGUCACAGUGGCAAUGCUUCCAUUAUCUUGCAGAAUUGAUUGCUGCAAACGGUUUCUGGGAGGCUCGACCUGCUUAAAGGAAGGGAACCAGGUUUCUUUCCUUAUUACUGUGUUAGACAGAGACUACUUGCCAGGAUGUGAAUUGGGGGAGACAAGGAAAAAGGAGAGCAAAGCCCCUCAUUAUAUUCUCCCUUAGAGAUAGAGAAGAUACCCCUACUGGCUUGGAGAGAAAGAGAGUGUGUUUCCAGCAUCCGGGCCAUCACUCCAGUUCCCCUUUCUGGAGACUCCCACUGUUCUUUCGCCUUGACCUGUCCGUCCGUGCUCUAGGGCUCGACGUGCACCAAGGACAGGCAGGAAGGGCAGGAGGAAAGGCGGUCCUCGCUCCGGACGCCGCUCCCCCGAGAGGCGAACUCGGCGCGGACCGGCGACGGGGCGCGCUACCGCACGAGUCUGCGUGCUGGGAGCCGGCCGCGCACUUGGCCCGGCGCCGCCUGGAGGCCGCCGCGCCCGCCCACCUCAGGCCCCGCUCCCGGAGGCACCUCCCCGCGGCCUCCCGCGCACUCUAGCGCGGCUCGUCUCCCCUCAGGCCGGCAGUCACCGAGCGCUGCCGCCGCCUCCCUCUCCGCGACGCGACCAUAUGCGAAGCGGCGGCCCGAGCUGGCUGCUAAAUUGGCUAUCACACUGCAAGCCUUGGAGUCCCAAUGGGGGACUCGGGAUCAAGACGCUCUACCCUGGUCUCUCGGUUGCCAAUAUUUAGAAGAAGUAUUAGCAGAAAACAUGACUCCCUUCCUUCCUCACCCUCUUCCAGUAAUACAGUUGGUGUCCAUAGUUCCUCUCCUUCCAGCACCAACUCAAGCUCAGGUAGUACAGGGAAACGCAGGAGUAUAUUCCGCACUCCUUCCAUCAGCUUCCACCAUAAGAAGGGAAGUGAAGCUAAGCAAGAGCCUCCCAACCAGAACCUUAGUAUUUCAAAUGGUGCUCAGCCUGGUCACAGCAAUAUACAGAAACUGACUUUGGAAGAACAUAUUAAAACCAGGGGAAGACAUUCUGUGAGUUUUAGUAGUUCACGAAAUAAGAAGAUUACAAGAUCAUUGACAGAGGAUUUUGAAAGGGAAAAGGAGCACUCAACUAAUAAGAAUGUCUUUAUAAAUUGUCUAAGCUCUGGCAGAAGUGAGGGAGAUGAUUCUGGAUUCAUGGAAGAACAGACUCGCCAUUCUGUUAAGCAGACAACAAGGAAGCUACUCCCUAAAUCUUUUUCUUCUCACUAUAAAUUUUCUAAGCCAGUUCCCCAGAGCCAGUCCAUUUCAUUGGUACAACAGUCUGAAUUCUCCCUGGAAAUUACACAGUACCAAGAAAGAGAACCUGUAUUUGUAAGAGCUUCUCCAUCUUGUUCUGUGGAUGCAACUGAACGGGCAGGAAGCUCUCUACAAUCUCCUUUACUUUCCGCUGAUCUUACCACAGCUCAGACACCUUCAGAAUUUUUGGCCUUGACUGAAGAUUCUGUUUCUGAAGCAGAUGCAUUUCCUAAAAGUGGAAGUAUGGCAUCCCACUGUGAUAACUUUGGCCACAAUGAUUCUACCUCUCAGAUCUCUCCCAAUCCUGCUGCUCUUACAAAAAUGAAGAUUGAACUUACAGGAGUUAUUCCCUGUACAAUUAUGUCUCCUGGGAAAUACAGGUUAGAAGGCCAAUGUAGCACUGACUCUAAUUCCUUCUUGGAAACCUCUGCUGCUAAUCAGAAGGAAGUGUUACGGCAAAUCACUGAGCUACCUGUUAAGAAUGUGAGCAACUCAGAGACUCCCCUGCCAACAGAUAUUCAAACAGAAGACAACACGGUGUCACAAAAUGGUAACACAGCGCUGAGGACAAGCUCCCCAAGGAAACUUGGCUGGUACGAGCAACAUAAAGCAGUAGCUGAACGUAUGAAAGGGAUGCAUCCUGUUUCAGAUUCAAGGAUAAUACCUUCUUCCGGUGAUCAUCAUUUUUUUAACAAAGCGUCAUAUGGGUAUGAAGGAAAUGCUGCCAAAGUUCUUGCCAGCAGCCUCAGCCCAUACCGUGAAGGAAGAUUUAUAGAGAGGCGCCUGAGAUCUUCCUCAGAAGGAACUGCAGGGAGUAGCAGAAUGAUUGGGAAACCAAAGGACGGAAACGUGGGAGAAGUAAAUAGUUUAAGAAAGCAAAGAGCAGGUUCCUCCUCAUCCAAAAUGAACAGUAUGGAUGUUUUAAAUAAUUUGGGAUCUUGUGAACUGGAUGAAGAUGAUUUAAUGCUUGAUUUAGAAUUUUUAGAAGAACAGAACCUUCAUCCCUCAGUUUGCCGGGAGGAUUCAUACCACUCUGUAGUCUCAUGUGCUGCUGUCGUUCUUGCUCCCAUAGAACCAAUGAUAGAAGUGAAGAAAAGAGAAGAACCAAAAUUUCCGGAGCCUCCUAAACAGAAUCUUUCUUUGAAAUUAACGAGAGAUGUUGACCAGGACUCCAGGUGUUCCUAUGUCAGCCACGUGCCCAGCAGUCCAUCUGCAGACUGGCCCUUGCAGAGUGUGGAGGAGCAUGGAGGCAUAGAUCCACUGCCAUUCAGACUAAUGUUACAAGAUUGCACAGCAGUGAAGACUUUGUUACUGAAGAUGAAGAGAGUUCUCCAGGAGAGUUCAGACAUGAGCCCAGCCAGCAGCACCACUUCGCUUCCUGUUAGCCCUCUUGCUGAAGAACCAGUGCCUUUCAAGGAUAUAAUGAAAGAUGAAUGUUCUAUGCUCAAGCUACAACUCAAAGAGAGGGAUGAACUCAUUUCCCAACUUCAGGAAGAGCUGGAAAAAGUUCAGCAUCUACAGAAGGCUUUUGCUUCAAGAGUAGAUAAAUCCACACAGACAGAACUCCUAGGUUGUGAUGGUUUAAACUUGAAAAGACUGGAAGCAGGACAAGGAGGGAGAGAGGCUACAUAUCGAAAUCGAAUUGUGAGCCAAAGCCUCAGCACAAGGGACAAAAAAGCAAUACAUACUCCCACCGAGGACCGUUUUAGAUAUUCACCAGCUGACCAGACAAGCCCCUACAAAAACAAGGCCUGCCAACUUUCAAGUCUAUAUUUAGGUAAUUUCUUAAAGGACAAGGAACUAGCAGAAGCUAUCAAACACUCAAGAGGAACGUAUGAAUCCCUCUCUUCAGAGGUUGCACAGAAUUUACGGACCACAGUUGGGCAGAACUCUCUGAAGCCAAUAACCAAGAUGGAAGGGCUCCCCACAUACUUAGAGAAACCAAAGGAGCAAGCUGCUGUGUCCCAACAGCAUUCGACCUUUACAGGCAGAUUUGGGCAGCCACCCAGAGGGCCAAUCUCUUUACACAUGUACAGCAGGAAGAAUGUUUUCCUCCACCAUAAUCUACAUACCACUGAACUCCAGACUCUGGGCCAGCAGGAUGGGUAAUGAAAUCAUCGUGUUCUUGUCUCUGGGUAGGAUAAAGAUGGUUUGUGUUUCUCGUGCAUAGUUCAUAUUAAAAUUGUCAUGUACUUUUUAUUACUUUUAUUUUUUUCAUAAACAAAAACUUGUGGUCUUUCAUUAUUCUUAUUAUUUUAAAAAUGAAGGUCCAAGCAUGUUAAUUGAAUUAAGUUGAAUUGCCUUGAACACUUUCUUAUAUAUGUAUAUGAUAAGGGACUAUCUUGCUGGUUUAUAUAGUUGAUAAUUUAGAGAUACUCUUUUAUCUCUAUCACUGAUAGGCAUUGAGGUUUCAAAGAGUAAUGUCAGCACUCUGUUCACUGUCAACAGUGUUACUGUAAAGAUAGAUAUAAAGAAGAAAUAGAGAGGGGAAUUGUAAAGAAUUUUAAAUGACAUAGUUAAUAGAGGAAUUUUAAUGUGAUAUAUUUGGUGAUGUCUUUAUUAGAGAAAUGAAGCUUGUUUGCAUGUAACCUAGAGAUGUUUUUGUCUCUCUAUUACAUGCAUUCAAGCUUGUGAUGCUAUUAAUGGGGAAAAGGCUGUUUCUUUUAUCCUUUAAAUGUUUAGUUUACAGUAGUGCUGAAAGAAUUUCAGACAGAAUAAUUGCUAGCCAAAUAGGGAAUGACAGCUCUGAUCUUUACAAAAAUUUUGCUUUUAGUUUUUGCUAUUGAUACAGAAGUACCAUAGCAUAACACAGAGAAGUGGUAAAGUUGGCUGGAUUUUGUUACAUGAUUCAUAAACUGUGACAUGCUGUACUCUUUGAGUCACUAUCAUAGAAAUAUCAGCAUUUUUGAAAUGUCAGGGAUUCAAUAUUCUGAGAGAAAUAUUCUUUUACUUCAUUUUUCCUAUAUUUUUAAAUAUUUAUUUUAAAAUAUAUCCAGUUUUGCUUUAUAUACAUCAACCUAUAUGACUUUAUUAACUGAGGGACAGAAUGUCAAUAUUCGGUAUCCUGUAAACAAUACUCUCACUAUGCAGUCAUUUAGAUUUAGAAAAAAAAAGGUAAAAUAAUAUGCGAACUGUGGCUAUUUGACCUUAGAAAUAAACUUCUAACUGAAAUAUUUAAAACUGAGCAAAUGCAAAUAUUUUGACAAAUAAGGUUUAAUACAUUGUAUACUCAAGUGCACAUGAGAUAGAUCAAUAAAUCUAAAUAAAAUAAUUAGAAAACAGUAUUAAAUGGUAGGCAUAAAUAAAUUAAAAAAUUGUAAAAGUACUAUUAAGAAUCAGGUCUGCAGUUUUCUUAUACUAAGAUCAGAGCUGAUCAUAGCCACAAUAGACUAGUCCAUGGAAAUUGAAACUGCCAUACAAAAUGCAUGAUCUGUUUCCCUUGCAUUCUCUGACAGACCUGUCAGCAUGCACAAAUGAGAUGAAUAAAGGAGAAUUAAGAUUGCAGUUGUAGCAUGGCAUCUGACUAACCUGUUUAAAUCAAAGUUAUUUGAGCUCUACACUUUGGGGAGAAACAUUAGAUCCUCUCCCCAUUUUUAACUAUUGAACUUUGAUCAACUUUCUAACUUUGAUUAUAAUUGAUAAGAAGUAUAGGGAAUAUGCUAUAAUUUUGGUUUCCCAAAAGAAGCAUGUGCACCAAGGCAAAUAUUCUUCAAAUGUUUUCUUUCUCUUGUGUGUUUAUAAUUCUGCCAAAAGAGAAAACACACUGCAAUUCGGUUGACUUAAUGAGACUGCUGUUGAAAAUUUCAUCAUACUUUAAAAGUUGUAAUAUUCAGACAAAUAUACAUUAUAGACUGGAGCAAUAUUUAAGAAAUUAUAGAAAAUUGUUAGUUGUGAAAUUCAGCUUGAUUUGUACUGAAAAUUGGUGUGUGUUGCUAGAAUAUU